AUGGUCCGCCAUAAAAAAGACAACUUCGCUCGAGGAGGCAAGAAAUUCUCCUCCAAGGGUCCCCGUCCUCCCCGCCGCGAUCCCGCCAACCCUGACGCCGAUGAUGCCGACCGCCCCUCCAGACCUCCAUUCAAAGCCGCCUGUUGGGAUCUGGGUCACUGUGAUCCCAAGCGCUGCUCAGGAAAGAGAUUGAUGAACUUUGGUCUGAUGCGCGAGCUGCAGAUCGGCCAGCGAUUCCCGGGUGUAAUUGUCUCUCCCAACGCAAAGAAAAUCAUCUCUCCGGCCGAUAAAGACCUCCUCGAACAGUUCGGCGCCGCAGUAGUAGAAUGUUCCUGGGUGCGAGUGAAGGAAGUGCCCUGGUCGCGAAUCGGAGGAAAAUGCGAACGACUCUUACCCUACCUCAUCGCCGCCAACACAGUCAACUACGGCAAACCCUGGCGCCUAAAUUGCGUGGAAGCCCUUGCCGCCUGUUUCUGCAUCUGCGGCCACGAAGACUGGGCUCGCCAAGUCCUCAAACCCUUCCGCUACGGUGAAGCCUUCCUAGAAAUCAACGGAAAACUACUCAAGCGGUACGCCGCCUGCGCCGACGAAGACGAAAUCAAGCGCGCCGAGGAGGAAUGGCUCGCCAAGAUCGAGCGGGAAUACGAGGAGAGUCGGGCCGCGGGCGGCGCAGACGAUAUUUGGACGGUGGGGAAUACGAAUCGGAGGGCGGAGUCGGAUUCUGAGGAGGAUGAUGAGGAGGGUUCGGGCUCUGAUAAGGAUAACAACGAUGAGGAGGAAGAGGAAGAAGAGGAGGAAGAUAAAGACCCCUUCGCGAUAUCAGACGACUCGGAAGAGGAAGAACAAAUGGCUGCUAUUCGAGCCAAGAUCCUAAAUUCCAAGUCGUUUCAGAAUCCCUCGGCUUCGGAUAAGCCGCAGCCGGAGAAGAUUGCGAGACCGGAGGAGGAAGGGUCGAAGUCGAGGCCGUUGGAGGAUUCAGAUGCUGAGUCCGGGUCUGCGGAGGGGAGUGAGGAUGAGGCGUUCGAUAGUAUUAUCAAUGCGACGCCGGUGACGGAUCGGACGGGAAUUAUUGCGGCGCAGAAGAAGAAGGAGAAGGAGACGUUUAGUGCGUCGUUUUCCAGGACGGUGGUGGAUGCGCCGAAGCGAUGGUAG